CUCUCUAAAAGGGUCUCUCUUUUUCUUUCUCUUCUAGACUCUGUCUCUGUUUCUCUCUGUUUGUGUGUGUGAGUUUUUGCGAUGGCUCAGGCUGUGAUUUCGAUGAAUUCUCUGCCACUGGGGUUCAGAUUCAGUCCAACUGACAAGGAGUUGAUCGAUUACUACUUGAGGUUGAAGAUCAAUGGGAAUGAAAAAGAUGUCUCUGUUAUUCGUGAAAUUGAUGUCUGUAAAUGCGAGCCUUGGGAGUUGCCUCAUUUCUCAGCAAUAGAGACGAAGGAUCCGGAGUGGUUCUAUUUCUGCCCACAGGAUCGGAAGUACCCAAAUGGAUCUAGAUUGAACAGGGCAACGCGUGCUGGGUACUGGAAGGCGACUGGGAAGGAUCGGGAAAUCAAGUCCAAAAUAGGCUUGAUUGGAAUGAAGAAGACUCUGGUCUUCUAUAGGGGGCGUGCUCCUAGGGGUGAAAGGACUAAUUGGGUAAUGCACGAGUACCGCCCAACCCUGGAGGAGCUUAAUGGCACUAACCCUGGCCAGCGUGCCUUUGUCAUCUGCCGCUUAUUCAAGAAACAAGAUCUGAGCAUUGAAGUUUUGAACCAUGAUGAAGCGGCUGUUUCACCUGAAGAUACACAGUUAGAACUGGAUCCAGUGUCUCCAUCAUUGGGAGGGCAAGCUCUAAAUGAUCCCACAAGUGUUGAUGGCUUUCCUGCUGAAAAUUCUGAUGCAUCAACAUCUGACACUGUAGCUCCAGUCCACUGUAACAAAGGCAACAGCGUUGUUGCUGAAAAUCAAGGGGGAGAGUUACCUGAGAAUGAUCUGCAGCUGGAGGAUGACUUGGCCAUGUUCUUUGACCCAGAACCACAAGAUUGGAUCCCUUUCUCCCCAUUACAGGAGCUAGAACAUUUCCAUGUCCCCAAUGACCUCAACAGUGGUAAUGGUGGGGUGACGCCCCAAUAUGGCUCAAAUGAUCAAGAUGAUAUAGCUGCAUUCCUGGAUUCAGUUAUACGCGAUCCAGAUGAGUACUCAUAUGUUGGAUUUGGAAAUCAAAAUAAUCUGGCUUAUGAAAGUCAGGCCUUGAAUGUGGUAUCUGUUAAGGACAAUGGAUCAUGCAGUGUGUCAGAUGCUGAGGUGGUCAAUGCACCGCAUUUUCAAGGUUCUCUGAAGUCUGAAGACAUCAUUGACAGAAAGGCUCCUUUGCAGAACCCCAUCUCAUCUAGUGGUGCUUCUGAACAAAUGUAUGAUUAUAGUCUCAAGGAAUCGAGCAAUCAUUUGACUGCAGCCUCAAGUGGUGAGGUUAGAACUGGAAUCACGAUAAGGCAGCGCUCACAGAAAAUCCAACCAGGCAUUGGAAACUCUGCACAGGGCAGUGCUCCAAGAAGAAUACGUUUGCAGUGUAAACUUCAAGUGCAGCCACUUACCUCAAACUUGGUGCCAGAAGAUUGGAGACACACAACAGGGGACCAUGAAUUAAAACCAGUUGUUACAGAUGAGGAAAAUACUUCAGAAAAGCAUGCUGUUGCUGGUGAUCACAGUGCUGCUGCUACUACUAAUGCUUUUAGUGAACCCCAAAAUAUCCUUUCUAAUUCCAUCGAAAACUAUAAAACUUCUCAAGAACUAAGUACCAGUCCAAGGCCAAUCAUGAGGUUCAACAGCAGUAGCAAUUUGACAGGCUUUCUCGCAGCUUCUUUGUUCAGGGUAGGGCUGGUUGCAGUCUUGUUCAUAGGCUUUGCUAGCAUAUGGAGAUGUGUUAAAUUAUGAUUUCAGUUGGAUAUUAGGAUAUUGUACAUUUGUUUUUGAAACUGAGAGAGCUCUUUCAUGGUGAAGAUUUAGCAUUUUUAACCGACCUACGUCAUUUAAAAUUUAGAGGUGUACAUGGUGCUACAUCAUUCCUUAUUGAGAUUAUUAAAAAAAAUAUAGUGACUUGUCACCAUGUACACCUUUAGAUUUGUGAAAUUUUUAGUCUUCAUCAUGAAACAGUGAGGAUCCUACUUAGCUAUUUAGAGAACUUUUUGGGCAUGUAGUUGACACCAAAAUUUUUGUCUUUUUUGGGGCGGGGUUAGACUUGAUAGGAUAGAUUUCUUAGGUUUGUCGUUGCUAAGGACUAUAUUAUGUAAUUAUAUGUAACCAGCUAUCAAAAAAAAAAAA